UCGUUCUAUCACAAGUAUCUAUUUACAUUGUUAUGAAGUCGCACUGACACAUCGAAAGAAUUAUUUUGUUAGAAUGGGUUGCUGUAAAUUAUUUUAAAGCAACUUUAUAGAAGUGUUGACCAUUAUUAGUUUAGUGGAUCAAGUUCUUUGUAAAAGUAUCUUCGGUAUGGCUUCACGGAACCCACAUACCCUUAUGGCACUGCCAAGUGAAGAAAGCUUUGACUUCCUCUUCAAAGUUGUUUUGAUUGGAGAUUGUGGAACUGGGAAAACUUGUUUAGUGGAACGUUUUAAGACUGGAAAUUUCAUCGAACGACAUGGAAAUACGAUUGGGGUAGACUUCUCUAUGAAAACUAUAAAUAUAGAAGGAAAAGCAACUAAGCUUCAAAUUUGGGAUACUGCCGGGCAAGAACGCUUCCGCACAAUUACACAAAGCUAUUAUCGCUCUGCGAAUGGGGUUAUAAUUGAUUUCCUGACUGAAGAGUUACUCCGACUUCUAGGACGCUUAUCCUUGCUCCAGGGCGCCCAUCCGCCUCCAUAAUUGAAAAAAUCUCCGCCAUGAUGCCAAUACCGUGCAAGCAGAUAAAGAAGAGGCUAUUCGUCUUAGUCAAAGCAAGCCGCUUAAUAAUUGUAGUAAUUCUUGUAAUGUUACAUAAAGACACGAUUACUUUAAUUUAAAAGAUUCUCGAAAUUUGUUUGUGAUUAAUUUUAAUUUUUUUUAUAAAAUAAUUUUUUCAAUAAUUAUAUUUAAUUAGUAGUAUUUAGUCAACGCAGUACUCUAGUAAAAGUAAAUAUUGUAUUAAAUAUAUAACAGAUAAUGUUCGUACUUCAUGUGUGCAAAUGUGUACAUGUAAUUUGCUUAUAGCAACACGAUAAAAACAUGCAAGGUCAAUUUUCAUUCUAUGGAGAUGUGAAUAAAGAGUGAAAAGACUAUUAUGCUCCUCAACUGACAAAAUUUAUUAAAUAAGGAAGCACUAGAUUUUCACGAAAAUUACUUUUAACCGAGAAAAUAAAAAAAAUAACUUUUAUAAGCCAAAAAA